AUGGGCUACAAGAAUACUGACAUAACGAUAGUGUCUGCUAGACUGCACAACAAUGUGAGUGUGCAGGCUAUGACGCUGCUUGGUAACUGUUUUAUGAAACAAAAGAAACUGUCUGAAGCAGAAAGAUUAUUGAGACAUUCACUUGAGAUCAUGAAAUCUGCUCACACAAAAGAUCAUCGUGAUGUUGCACAUGCAACAUGUCCGCUAGUUGCAAUACCGUGUAGACACGAGACAGUGUGGGCUUCAAUGGGGCAACGUGCCAGAAAAUCUGAAAUAGAUCAAAUUAAACAUGAUGGUCGGCAUCUGUGUCAAGGUGGUCGGCGUCUGGGAGCUCAGUACACACUUGCUAACUGUCUGAACCUACAAGGUAAAGUAAGUGAAUCAAUCAAGCUGAUGACCGACUGUGUCAGGAUGUAUAAAUCAAGUCUCCAUCAUGAACAUCCUGAUGUGGCUAUGGCUGUUGGUCAACUGGGAGUGUAUUUACUGGCAGUAGGAAACUUGGAUGAGAGCGAACAAUACUUGAGAGAAUGUCUUGACAUAAGAAGACGUUCUCUCCAAGAGAAACAUCCUGAUACACAUUGA